CUCAAGAGAAAGAAAAGAAAAAAAAAGGUUGAGCUGUGCUGAAUGAUUUGGGGACCCCAAAUUCUGAAAAGAGAAAAAUUUUUAAAUUAUUAUUAUUAUUAUUAUUAUAGCUGUAGUAAUUGAUCUAUAGGGUUGUAGCUGCAUCAAAUAAUUGGGGGAUGGCGAUACUGUACGCGCUGGUGGCUCGGGGAUCGGUGGUACUGGCGGAGUUCAGCGCCACGUCGACAAACGCGAGUGCGAUCGCGAGACAGAUAUUGGAGAAGAUACCGGGAAACAACGAUACACACGUCUCCUACUCUCAGGACCGUUACAUCUUCCACGUCAAGCGCACCGAUGCCCUCACCGUCCUCUGUAUGGCCGACGAAACCGCCGGAAGAAGAAUUCCGUUUGCGUUUCUUGAAGACAUUCACCAGAGAUUUGCUAGGAAUUAUGGCCGCGCGGUUAUUUCAGCCCACGCUUAUGCCAUGAAUGACGAGUUUUCGAGGGUUUUGAGUCAGCAAAUGGAAUACUACUCGAGUGACCCAAAUGCUGAUAGGAUAAAUCGGUUAAAAGGUGAAAUGAGUCAGGUGCGGAACGUCAUGAUAGAGAAUAUUGACAAAGUUUUAGAAAGAGGUGAUCGCCUUGAAUUGUUGGUUGACAAAACGGCUAACAUGCAAGGAAAUACCUUCCGCUUCAGAAAGCAAGCUCGCCGCUUCAGAAGCACUGUGUGGUGGAGAAACGUCAAGCUCACUGCUGGACUUAUACUCUUGCUGCUAGUGAUUGUUUAUGUUGUGCUGGCUUUUGUUUGCCAUGGUCUUACACUACCCACCUGCCUGAAGUGAAGAGUGAUAUCAAGCCAGAUUUGCAUUUGAUUUCCUGUUUUCAACUUUUUUUUCCCCUUCUUGGUGUGGGUAUAUGGGGUUCUUUUAUUUGAGCUUCCACUGUUGUAAGUUUUCUCCAAUUCUUAUUUAUGCAGUUUGAAAUACUCAAUGUCACUACGUGUGCCGUUUGAGUAUUACUCAUCGACCAUAGUACUGAUAGUAGAUUUGAAGUGGUUCAGGUUCUUUGUCGUUUCAAGCUAUGGCUUGAUUUUCUUUUCUUUUUUUUUCUUUUUUUUUUUUUUUUUUUUUUGGGAAGAAGGCUUGGUGAGUUGACAUGUAUUGAAAACCAUCUAGUUUUUUUGUUACAGAUGAAUGAAAUUUAUUGAAGGAGUUCUAUUA